AUGGGCCAAGGAUUCUCCCUCGCGACGCCGUCGGCCGGCUCGGCCGGCAUAGACAUCGCACAGCUCCAAGACGUUCAGUAUGAGAGGAGCAUCGGGAAUGCGCGCUUCAUGAAGAGCAUCCGCGGCCGCCACGAAAACGGUGUUGUGCUCGUCAAGGUGCUCGUCAAGCCGUUUGCCGAGGUCAACCUCGAGGAAUACAAGCAGCAGAUCAUCAAGCAGCGCAAGGCUCUGGCCGAUGUUCCCAACGCUCUCGGCUUCCAGCGCAUCGUCGAAACCGAGACCAACGGGUAUCUCUUGCAAGAUAUCGAGAAGAAGUGGCUUGCCUUUCAGCUGCUGUGCGCCCUGCGAGACUGCCACGCCCGAGACGUCUACCACGGCGACAUCAAGGCCCAGAACGUCCUCGUCACGUCCUGGAACUGGCUAUACCUGACAGACUUCUCGUCGCCCUACAAGCCAGUCCUCUUGCCCGACGAUAACCCGGGCGAUUUCUCAUACUUCUUCGACACUUCGGGGAGGCGCACCUGCUACCUCGCCCCCGAACGCUUCUACGCCGCGGGCGAAGGCCCUCCACCCAGGGCUGAGAUGACCUGGGCCAUGGACAUCUUCAGCGCAGGCUGUGUCAUUGCGCAAAUGUUCCUGGAGUCGGAACUCUUCAGCCUCGCUCAGCUGUACAAGUAUCGCCGUGGCGAGUACGACCCAGUCAUUACGCACCUGAGCGUUAUCUCGGACAAGGACGUCAGGGACAUGAUUGCGCACAUGAUUCAGCUCGAUCCCGAGAAGCGCUACUCGGCAGACCAGUACCUCGAGUUUUGGAAGGGAAAAGUGUUUCCGUCCUACUUUUACAACUUCCUGCAUCAGUACAUGGAGCUGAUCACCGACCCCUCCUCGGGCAUCAACCCCAUGUCCGGGUCUCUGAAGAACAUGGGCGAGUCUGAUGACCGGAUAGAUCGCGUAUAUAACGAUUUUGACAAAAUAUCCUACUUCCUCGGUUACCAGCCCGACAAGCGGUCUUCGGGACCGGCGCUGUCGCCCCCACGCCUCGGUCUUGGCCACUUUCCCGUCCGUCUGAGCAUCGCCAGCCACGAGCUGUCCGUUUCUGCAGACCUUGAGCCCCCGGAGGACGACGGCACCCUCAUCUUUCUUACCCUCAUUGUUUCGUCCAUACGCACAACGGCCCGGGCAUCCUCGAGAGUCAGAGCCUGUGACGUCUUGUUGGCGUUCGCCGAGAGGUUAACCGACGAGGCCAAACUGGACAGGGUCCUACCGUAUCUCAUGACGCUAUUGCGCUGGGAGGAGACAGACAUUGUCGUUGUAUCCGCCAUCCGCACCAUCACCCAGCUUCUGCAGCUUGUCCGCAUGCCAACCCCCAUCAAUUCGCACGUUGUCGUCGAGUACGUGCUGCCACGGAUGGAAAUCGCGCUGGGGUCGAGGUCCCGCACUGCGAGCCCGCUGGUUCGAGCGACAUAUGCCUCGUGCUUAGGAAGCCUAGCCUCGACGGGCCAGCGUUUCCUUGAAAUCGCCUCCAGCCUCAGGGCAGAUGGCUCCAUGCCCGUUGCGGACCCCGAGGUGGAGCCCGGGGCCGAUGCCGAGGCAAACUUCGAAAGCGUCUUUGACAAUGCCGGCAGAGAGCUGUUUGAAACUUUGGAAAGCCACACGAAGCAGCUCGUUGAGGACCCAGACGUCCACGUACGCCGUGCGUUUCUAGCAUCAGUGCCAGAACUAUGCAUGUUCUUUCAGGAACACUCCAACGACAUCCUGCUCACGCACCUCAACACCUACCUCAACGAUCGCGACUGGACUUUAAAGUGCGCAUUCUUCGACACCGUGGUUGGCAUCGCGACCUUCAUCGGGAGCACGAGCCUCGAGGAAUUCAUGCUCCCGCUCAUGGUGCAAGCCCUGGCGGAUGCCGAGGAGUUUGUGGUGCAAGCCGCGCUGCAAUCUCUUGCCCAGCUCGCCGGCCUAGGCCUCUUAUCGAGAUCCAAAAUAUGGGAACUGACAGAUCUCGUCGGCAGACUGACGAUGCAUCCCAACAUAUGGAUACGAGAAGCCUCAGCACAGUUCUUAUCCAUGUCUGCCAAGUUCCUGGCCUCGUCGGACGUCAGGUGUAUCUUGAUGCCGCUGAUGAAGCAGUUUCUUAGAGUGACGACACUUGCUGACUUGUCCGAAUUGGCCAUUCUAGACUGCCUCAAGAAGCCCCUCUCCCGCGCAGUGUUUGAACAGGCCAUGACCUGGGCUACGCAGACGGAUAGAGGAAUGUUCUGGAAUUCCUUGAGCAAAAUCACUCGCAAUGAAGAAGAUGAGCAGUGGCUCGAGAAGCUGAGGAACCUUGGCCUGAAGCCCGAGGACGAACCGAAGCUCCUGGCUCUUCGAGAGUACAUUUGGCGGAUGAGCCGGACCAAGUCGCGAGACUCUGCGGCUGGAGAAGUGGGCAUGCCGACUGGGCUCGUCUCUUUGAAGUCGCUCGGCGUCACACCACAGACAGUGUUCUUCAACGAUGCGCCCCUCAGGGACUCGUCCCUUGAGCCGGAUCUAGACUCACCCGUCGGUCCCUACACCAUUGCAGACGCACUGCAGGACGCCUCAAUGACGCUCGGUGACUCUGUCAGCAAGAGGAGGAGGGCGGCAUUGAACAAUCACAUGAACAGGGUCCACAGCGUUGGUCCUCGGCCAUCUCGGACUACGACACGUCUCUUGUCGCCAGAGGGCAGCGAAAGAGCUGGCUCGAGGCAGCCGAGGCGGGGUUCGUCAAUCAACCGUGGUGGCGGCUCUGGCGAUGAUGAUUUGGCCGUGCGCGACGACCCCUAUUCGUCUAGGAGGAGUGUUCGACACCAGUCAAGCGCGCUGAGUCUCCUCGAUCGCAAGGACGGCAACAAAUCGAUCGCGGAAACCGGUACCAGCGAUGCCAAUGCGUUUGGAGAAGUCGAAGGUCCGUUUGCCCAGGAAACACCCGCGUCCUCGGCUUCGGCACAGGAGAACGACGAGCCCAGGGCGGCUCCGAAGCAGUCGAGGCAUAGCUACGAAGGGACAGAUCCCAACAUUCAAAGGAUGCUGGAUAGGAUGUACAUUGACAACUUCCCUCGCGACGUCCUGGAGUUUGGGCCCAUGCCGGGGGCAUCCCAAUGGAAGCCCAGAGGGCACCUCGUGGCGACAUUUGCGGAGCACAAAGGCCCGAUCAACAGGGUCGUCGCAUCUCCAGACCACGCCUUCUUCAUCACCGGCGGCAGCGAUGGUACCGUCAGGGUAUGGGACACGGCGAGACUGGAGCGCAACAUCACGCAUCGCUCCAGACAGACGCACAAGCACGCCGAGGGCGCUCGUGUUCUGAAUGUGUGCUUUGUGGAAAACUCUCACUGUUUCGUCAGCUGCGCGAGCGACGGAAGUGUCCACGUCGUCAAAGUCGACACGGUCCCUGCGAGUGGUGUCGUUAGGUAUGGCAAGCUGCUGUUGGUGCGAGAGUAUCAGCUGCCACGGGAUGAAUUCGCAGUCUGGUGCGAGCACUUCAAGCAUGACUCGGCGUCGGUCCUCCUCCUGGCCACCAAUCGAUCGCGGAUCUUGGGCAUCGACCUAAGAACGAUGUCAGUGCUAUACGAGCUCGAGAACCCGGUCCAUCAUGGGACCCCAACUUGCCUGUGCGUGGACAGGAAACGGAACUGGCUUUGCGUGGGAACCUCUCAUGGUGUGGUUGACCUCUGGGAUCUACGGUUUAAGAUGAGGCUGAAGGGUUGGGGUAUCCCAGGCAAGACGUCCAUCUAUCGGAUGUGCAUCCAUCCGACCAAGGGCCGUGGCAAGUGGAUAUGUGUGUCUGGCGGGACGGGGCAAGGGGAGAUUACCGUCUGGGAUCUCGAAAAGACGACUUGCCGAGAAAUCUAUCGCGCCGGCGGAACCAAGGACGGGCCGAAGACAUACAGCCCCUGGGACGUGGACGAGGACAGGCCAGAGGGCAUGCUUGCCCGCUUUGCCACGAACCUCGAAAACAGCGACGCGGCCAACGCAGAUCGGGGCGUGCGCGCCAUGGUGGUGGGGACCGGGGCUGCGGAGGACUCUCGCGACGUGCGUCACGCAUACAUGGCAACGGGAGGCUCAGACAAGAAGCUGCGGUUCUGGGACAUUGGGCGGAUCGAGAACUCGGGCGUCUACAGCGGACUGCAGCCCGACGAGCCUUCGCCGACCUACGUGGCCAGUCACCCGACGACGGGCGUCACCCUCAACGCGGAAAAGGCUUCGCGUCACGCGGGCUCGGGAGGAGGAAAUGAUGGUGGCGGCAGCACUGGGGGUAAGGGCAAGAGCACGGCAAUCGGACGGCCGCCGCGGUCGACUGUCAUUUCCAUGAUGCAGCAGCAGCUUCUGCAGUCGCAUCUGGACGCGGUGCUCGACCUGGUGAUUCUGGAGCAUCCGUACACCAUGAGCGUGUCGGUGGACCGCUCUGGCGUCGUGUUUGUAUUCCAGUAA